AUGAAGAUGAAAUAAUUCCUUGAGUGCGAAUAUGCACUCUCAAAUCGCAUUAAAUGUGCAACUUGCCAUGUGGUCAUUUUUAAGAAUGAAUUAAAAAUUGGACAUGUUUACUUAAAAAAAGAUGAAGGUAUUAGUUGAAAUUCAAUUGAAAUUAGGACAAUAAUUUGAUAAGAAGGUUUGGUAUCAUCUGCAUUGCAUUAAAAAAUGGCCCACUGGAGAAAAAGGCUAGGAAUUGCCUCUCUUUAGAUUGCAAACAUUAAAAUUGGAAGAUCAAUUGAAGAUAAAGGAUUUAUACAAGUCCUUACAAGACAAGCCAAAAAGUAAUCAUGUUCUACUAAUUUAAAGAUAAAAAGGAGAUCAAGGUCUUAUCAAAGUAAGAAUAAUAUGAGAAGUAUGUAACUGUAAAGAAUUUAAAUGAUCCAGGCUAAAUUGAUGAAGACGAUGAUUGUAUAAUGCUUUGA